AGCGGGGGAAAGUGUAUUUCGACGGUUCCUCAAUGCGCUGUUGCAUCAGACCAAUGCUUUACAGAAUGAUUCUUCUUCUUCAUUGAAAGAGCCAUUUGUGCGGGCACAGGGGCACGCUUUCUGCACUUCGGUUCUGAGGUCACUGGCAUGUCUUUUGAGUGACAUCAUCAUUCAUGAAAUAUACUACUGCACAGGGACUCUUACGAAAGAAGUAGAGGAAAGGAAACAGGAUGCGCUUUCGCUGUCAACUCCUUUUGGUGACAAUAGUUCAUUUCCGGCGCAUAAUCUUUUGACAAGUUUUUGGACGGGUUUUGCAUUUCUUCUAGAUUCCAACACGUGGCAGGCAGCGUGUGAUUUGCUGGCGGUCUUUCAUCGUUAUGGGUGCGCGGAGUUUCUUGGCACAAUUUCUUCCCCUCCCUUCUCGUCGCUAUACUCGUUGGGUUUAAACAUCGCACCGGACUUGGCGGCUGUGCAACUUGUUUUUUUGCAUCAGGGCAAAGAAUUAACGACGAGUAGGAACGUUUGGAGACAUGCGGCAUUCUCAGCAGAGGAGGAUCACAGCUUGGAUCACGCAGUGGAUGUCGUUUUGAACUAUCUCAAUGAGUAUGCGGGCGAGAAGGAGGAACCUGCGGUGUUUUUGGCUUUUACGGAAUUGUUGCUUUUGUGUGACUGGAAAUCUCUCGAUUAUGAAAAGUGUGCGCCGAAGUUUACUGCAUUCACCAAAACGGAGGCCUUUGGUGACCCGCAGUGCCAACAGUAUCGGGUGUUAUCCACCCAAAGGGAUGCAUGCCCGCCGCGAUCUUCCGUGUUUCGUCCAUUCGCGAGCUAUGUAUGCUACUUUGCAGAGUCGUGGAAGCGGGGCCUUCUUUUGCUUUCACCUGGUUCUGAGAGGACCUCCGAGGGGUUGUCGUCACGCAUCAUGUUUGUACUUGGGGAAUUCUUUCAAAUUGCACUAAAGGUCUUUGGCGUCUCUUCCGUUGAUGUUUUGCUGCGUCGAGUCAUUGGAGGGAAUGCUUGGAAAAGAGGUUCUGUGGGAAUGACCUCGUCGUGCUCAAAGAGCCACCACACGGAUCUUUGUUCACUACACAGCUGCGUCGACCUUGCAAGAGAAAGCCAUAAAUUAACUGAGGAGCACGUGUCAUUGUUUCAGCACAAGUUUGAAACAAUUGUGGUUGCGCCGCUUAUUUUUCUGUUUCAGUCGCCGGAGACACCAUUGCCGCUGUGGAGCAAGAUUCUUGCCCUGGUGGCAGCGCUGCUUCGGUACCAUGAGCAGAAUCAUGGAUUUGUGACUGAUCAACUGCUAAAGUUUCUGCCAGAUAUUGAGCGAGGGUUGGGAGUUGGUACGGCAUACAAUUCAUUUACUGAUGAGACACCGCUUAACGAUCGGCUGGUGGUGCUCGUCCUUGCGGAUGAGGUGUCGUCCAAGGUGAAAAGUCUACGAUUGGCAGCGUGGACGAAGAUACCGUGUCCGUCUCCGUUUGACUCCGGUAACGGUGUGUCCCUCCUGGCGUCCCUUUUGGAUAACCACUCGGUUCUCAAGACGCUUGUGGACAAGCUUGCCAAUGACCCUUUUUCCGCCCAGUCCAUAGCAAACGUUGGAAAGAAUGCUCCAACGGAAUUUGUGGGGGACCGCACCACGUCUACCGUAUCAUCUCGUACGGAAGAGUGGGAACUGAGGCAUGUGCAGAAUGUCUCGAAGUGGUCGCACGAGGGAUCGGAUUCUGAAGAUGUGAAGGCAUUUCACCCCAUGGCGACGCCCAGGCCAGCCGCUAACCAUCCUGAUGAAGGUGAUUUAUCCAGCCUUAUCAUCCAACGUGUGCAGAGCCACUCAACGGUAUCCACGUCACAUCGCUUUGGAGGCUACGUUUACGAAACUUUAACUGGAGCGAACGAUGUCGUGCAAUUGACCGGCCAGUUACCUCUUGAAUAUUACAGCGUUGCACCCAAAGGAACGCCCUCCACAUCUCCUGUCGCUGCUGCGGAAAGGGCCAUGGACCCUGAGCAGCCAUCUACCACUGCGGAGAAGACUCUUUCCAAGAAUGGUUUUGUACCCCCAGGUAUUACUAUGAUGUUGGCGUCAAGUACCAGCACUACUGCUGUAACAUCUUUGAGCAAUUCGGCCGAAAAUUCUUCUGCAAGUAGCGACGACGAUUCUGCAGCUUCUUUUACGUAA